UCCAUCGUUCGAGACGCUUGCGACUUGCGAUUGCUUGCGACUUCUUGUGCUUCUUGUUAUUGAUGAAAGCUAUCAACAAUCAAGGUAAUGAUCCAUUUUUAUUGAAAAAAGUGCUAAAAAUUGCAAAUAAAAUAGAGUGCUGAGAGUUAAUACGGUAUAUGAUAUAUUAUUUUACAUUCUUUUUGCAAACAAUUGGUGAACAAAUGAGAGAUAUACGAAGCUUGAUUUUAAUCAGUUGUGCAUAUAACAAUAUUCGUGUAUCGUUGCACGUUGCAAGAGUGUCAUCGCUUGAUAACGCAUCGAAAUCAUUAUUUAUGACAUAAUGCAAUGGAAGGUUGUCUAUGGUGUACAUAAUAACAUAAAUAAAAUACAUCAAGACUCCAAAAACAAAUGUUCUCCAGUAAAGCGAGAUUAAUAAAACGUACAGGGAAUAAUCCCAUUGGACGUUAUGAUUUUUUAAAGCUUUUGGUCACUGAAUACAACACAACGACAUCCAAAGACGCGCGGGAGCAAGUAUUGGCUAAUUUGGCAAACUUUGCUUAUGAUCCUGUGAACUAUGGAUACUUAAGGCAGCUAAAAGUAAUAGAUAUAUUUCUCAAUGCUUUAUCUGAAAGCAAUCCGAAGCUAGUACUUUUCGGCAUUGAUGGUAUCUGCAAUUUAUGUUUAGAUGCAAUAAAUAAGUUAUACAUUCUGCGCAAUCAAGGUGUCGAAUUAAUAUCGUCGUUACUCACCUCUGAAGAUGAAGAUGUUUUGCUUGCAGUAAUUGCUACCUUGAUGUUCCUGAUUACGCCUGAAUCGGUAAAUGAAAUAACAUCGACCAGAAUAAUUAAACGCAUGCUGGAACUUUCAGAUACCUCGCACGAGAAUGUACGUGUUAAAAAUAUGGCAACCUUGUUCCUGAAUGACUAUUGUAAAGCAAGUGACGUGGAAAAAAUAAAGACAGAAGUCUAAUUAGUCUUCUUGUGGAAAAAGUAAAUAUAUGAAUCUAAUACAUAUGGUUAAAUCUAA